CCGGAAGUGCUCGUAGUUGAGAAAAAAAAAAAAAAGAAAGAAAAGGAAACCGCUUACAGCUGAGCUGCCGAGAAAUCCGGUGUGAGCCAUGUCUCGUGCACGACAGCCUCCGCUAGUAACUGGCAUCUCACCCAAUGAGGGCACACCAUGGACCAAAGUCACUAUUCGUGGAGAAAACCUGGGCACUGGACCUAAUGACCUCAUUGGCCUGUCUAUCUGUGGGCACAACUGUUUGCUGACUGCUGAAUGGAUGGCUCCCAGUAAGAUUGUGUGCCGCGUUGGUCCUGCUAAAGACGACAAGGGCGAGAUCAUCGUCACGACCAGGAGCGGAGGCCUAGGCACAUCCACCGUCUCUUUUAAAGUCCUUAAAGCUGAUAAGAUAGAUAUUCUAGAACAAUCUGCUGUGUGGGUAGAUGAAGGAAAUUACUAUGACCUGAGACUUAACCGGAAUAAAGGCAUUUCUCCACUGUCUCUACGGCAGGCUGACCCACUGGGCAUCGAAACUGAUAAGGGAAAAGUUCAACAGAAAGAUUUGGAGAAUUUGUUUCCAGGCAUGAGCGGAGAUUUCACAAGUGAGAAUUUCUCUGCCACUUGGUACCUCAUUGAAAACCACUCCUUAACCAGUUUUGAGCAGCUGCGCAUGGCAGUGGGAAAUCUAAAAAAACAGGCAAGUAAGAAGAAUGAAGGCGGUCUGGCCUGUGUGAAAGGAGGACUCAGUACUUUCUUUGAAGCCCAGGAUGCUUUGGCAGCUAUCCAUCAGAAGCUCGAAUCAGAUGGCACUGAGAAGGUCGAGGGCUCCAUGACUCGGCGAUUAGAGAAUGUGCUCAACAGAGCAAGCAAUACUGCUGACACUUUGUUUCAGGAGGUUCUGGGCCGAAAAGAUAAAGCCGACUCUACACGCAACGCCCUCAAUGUACUGCAGCGUUUCAAAUUCCUCUUUAACCUGCCACUCAACAUUGAGCGUAACAUCCAGAAGGGAGAUUAUGACGUGGUUAUUAAUGACUAUGAGAAAGCCAAAUCCCUGUUUGGGAACACAGAGGUUCCUGUAUUUAAAAAAGUGUAUUCGGAGGUGGAAACUCGUAUCGGUGCCCUGAGAAAUCUACUGCUGGAUAAAUUACUGGAGAUGCCUUCCACUCUGCACGAUCAGAAACGUUACAUCAGGUACCUGUCAGACCUGCAUGCUCCUGGUGAUCCUGCAUGGCAGUGUAUUGUGGCCCAACAUAAGUGGAUACUACAGCUGAUGCAGAACUGUAAAGAAGACUUCAUUAAAGAACAGAGAGUGGGUGGUGGAGGACUGGAGCUGGAUGGAGAACCUCGUUCAUCAGCUCUGAGCAGAAUCAGUCACACUUCCUCUCUAAAUAGAGGCAGCAGCUUCCAGACACCUAGAGAUGACUCCUGGCAGUACAAGAGCCCUCAGCAGGUUAGGUUUGUGGAGAAACUGUCAGAUGUUGUCAUCAGCCAGCUGCCAAAUUUCUGGAAACUGUGGAUCUCCUAUGUUAACGGCAGUCUUUUUAGUGAGACUGGAGAGAAGUCAGGUCAGGUGGAGAAGCUGAAGAAGAAUGCCCGACAGAGACAGAAUGACUUUAAAGGCAUGAUCGAGGAGGUGACUCGCCGUUUGGUUCAGCUGGUGCGUGGCGCUCUUUUGCCCAGUAGUCUCACUGAGAAUGAGCUGCGUGUAUACGGGGGCUGGAACAACAAGACCACCCUCACUGGUGCCUGGCUCACACAGAUUAUACACAUUGUCAGGCUGAGUCAUGAGGCUCUCUCAGGUCUAGAGAUUCCUAAUGACCUGCUGCAGGUGAUUCAGGAUUUGCUGCUCGACCUUCGUAUGCAUUGCCUGCUUGUUACUCUGCAGCACACUGCCGAAGAUGUCAAGAGACUUCCAGAGAAAGAAGACUGGAUCGUAGAUAAUGAAGGAAUCACAUCACUGCCAGCCCAGUUUGAGCAGUGCAUAGUGCACAUGCUGCAGUCCCUCAAGGAGCCAAUGGAGUGCAAGCCUGGAGAGAUCAAUGUGUUUCAGCUGGAUCUAGCUCAAAAUAAGGCAUGUGAGCUGUGUGUGGGCAUCAUGAAGGUGUUCAUCAACUGUCUAGAACAGCUUAGCACCAAGACUGAUGGAGACAUCGAUACUUCCAUAUGUGUUAAACAACUUGGGACACAUCCACAUUUGGUGGCAUACCACUCAAUUUUUAGUUUGUCUGUGGAUAUGGCGUCACCUGAUCUCUUUGGAAGCGUUCACGAACACUUUGGUCCAUCAUCGGAACAGCGCCUUUUAAUAAUUUUGAGUAACUGUCAGUAUCUGGAGAGACACACCUUCCUUAACCUUGCUCAGCACCUGGAGAAACAUGGAUUCACUACAGCUGACAAGAUCACCAGAGUGAGCAUCGAGGCAGUUCGUCAGUUAGAUGAGCUACUGCUUGAGUCAUACAUUGAAAAGAAGUCUGAUCCCAUUGUGGGCUCUCUGGAGCCAGGAAUCUAUGCAGGCUAUUUUGACUGGAAAGACUGCCUACCACCUACAGGUGUACGGAGUUACUUGAAGGAAGCUUUGGUCAGCAUCAUCUCUGUUCAUGCUGAGGUGUUUACCAUCUCUAAGGACUUGGUUUCACGUGUUUUGUCGAAAAUCGUUGAGUCUGUGGCUGAAGAGCUGAGUCGAUUAAUGCAGUGUGUCUCAUCCUUUAGCAAGAACGGUGCUCUUCAGGCUCGUUUGGAAAUUUGUGCACUGAAGGAUGCUGUAGUUUGUUACUUGACCUCUGAGAGCCAAGCUAGCUUUAAGCAAGCAGUCGAGGCCCUGCCACAGCUUCAGAGCGGAGCUGACAAGAAGUUGUUGGAGGAGUUGUUGAAUAAGUUUAAGAGCAGUAUGCAUUUUCAGCUCACCUGUUUCCAGCCUUCAUCUGUUCAGCCCAUCAAAAGAUAAGCCAAUAACCUGCACAGUGUUUGAACAGUAACAUAAAGCAUCUUAACCUACUACUGUUAGUAUAGGACUAAAAUGUUGUUACACUUUACACAAUUACACUGUUACUACACUAAUUGCGUUCACUUGUUGCCGCAUUUAUUAAAAGGAUACACAUUUAAAUAAUAUAUUGUGUUUAAAGUUUCUUUGCUGUUGUAGAGAAGUCGGUUUGGGUUUGUGUUGUGCGGUAGGGGAAAUAUUAGUGUAGUAAUGUGCAGAUGAUUUUAAUCAAAUUACUUACUAAACAGAAUUAUAUAUAGAUACUAUCAACUUCAGAAACGAUACCCAACUUUUAAUUCCUUGGACAAACUUCUUUUCUCAUUUCUUUGGUGAUAAUAUUGUUAAAAGAUCUCAAUUUGUAAUAUUAUUAUUGUUUUUUUUAAACAAUGUUGCUUAAUUAAGGACCAGAACACAUGUGUAAGUCAAUGAAUAUCAGGAGUUAAUUUUUUUUGCAUGGAGAGGUUUUAAACCCAUAGUACAUUUCAGUAACAGGUGCAGUUCUGUUAAUCCUGCCAGAACGAAGAGCUGUGGAGCCAAUAAUUCUCCAUUUGACUGUAAAUAAAAUCUGAGAUUGCUAGUAAAAUUA